GUCUUUCUCUAGGAUGGGUCUCCGUUCGAGGGGUCUCCUUCUCCUCUCCCUCGGGAUAUGCUAUCUUCAGUUAUUUACCCUAGCAAAUGUAGCAUUAAACUCCAACGUCAGAGUUAAACGCCAAAGUGGAACAGAUAGUCUUCUCACAGUCGAAUGGGAAGGAAUUCAAACUGGAGAUCACGCUGACUCAGAAGUAAAAGGAUUCCUCGUUGAAUACCGGCCCGAGCGAAGUGGAGAAUGGCAGCUGCAUCCGGGAAUCAUACCGUACAAGGGACCAAAUCAUCAGUACCGGGUACAGAUUCCCAAGCUCCCCACCGGAAUCUCCUAUCUCGUACGGAUCAAGGUUAUCGGCGAGAAUAACGAGGUUCUUGUGGAGACACCCGAGAUUCGGGCUCACAAUGAAAUUGUCUCGAUUAAAUGUGAAAAUGAUGACCUAACUGCACCUCGCUACCCACAAGUGACAGAAGUCGCCCAAUACUCUCUUGCCAUUAAGUGGGAUGCUCCAGACUGUGGAUCCGUCGGAGACUACCAGGUCGAGUUGACCGGUGUUUCUGCUCCAUUUGACAUCCACCGACAAACUGUCACUCAGCCACACGUCUCUGUCACAAAUCUUCUGCCGGGCACCUUCUACAGUGUGAAGGUUCGUGCCGCCGAUCGCAGCCGCAACGUUGGACCAUGGAAUUCGGAAGUUUUGGAGGCAAAGACCAAGGGAGACGCACUUCCGAUCUCGAAUAAUAUUCAACUUUUGUAUCGUACCGACUCGGAACUCCGUGUCAGCUGGCAACCAUUCACCGAUCCUAGACUUCAGCAUUACGAGGUCACCGCGGUGGAAGUAGACGAUGACUCCCGACGCGUCGAACGUCGUCGUGUCGAUCCAGCCCUCAACUCGUUCGCCCUUACCGGUCUCCGCCCGAACACCAAGUACACGAUUGGAGUCAUCGCUUUCGUUGAUCAUGAACCAAAGCAGGUCUACCAGAUCGAGGCUUACACCACAUCCGGUGGAAUCGAGAGUUGGGAGGAGAAGCCGCAAGUUGUCGAUCAGGGAAAACAACAGUUCGCAGUUCACUGGAAGCUUCCGACCACCUCGAUCACGGUGAGCAAGUUCAUUUUGGAGUACAGACUUCCAAAUGAGACGACAUGGAGAACAAGUGAACAGAAGGGAGUUGCCGAUGAGUCAGGAGACUAUUCAGUUGCUCUUUCACAAAUGAAUGCACCAUACUACACUGUCAGAAUCGUUGCUAUCGAUGAUCAGAACAAGGUUGUCGCUAGAACCGAGGAAUUGACUGUCGGAGAAGCAGCCGAGACAUCCUGCAUCGGAUCCGCCGGUGUUCCAACCAACAUCCGAUCCGCCGACGUUGAUGGUCAAUCCAUCAAGUUGGAGUGGGAUGUUCCAAGAUGCGAUGAGACUCACACACCAAUCGAUGGAUAUGAAUACAUUGUGUACGAGGCAUCACAGAGUGCACCAGUCGAUGGAGCAUCUUAUGUCGGGGCUCCACACGUCAUCAUCAAGGGGCUCAAGCAGAAUGUUGAUUACACAUUCAAAGUAAGAUCUCGAAGUGUUAAUGGACAUUCUCAAUGGAGUAAAGACGUGAUCAUCGAGACAGCAGUCGCAGGAAGUGUCAGAUCAGGAGAACUGGGAGAACCUAACCAACUUCUAAGAGUGAAGCGACAAGCUAAACAUUUAAUCAAAGAUUCACUCAACAUUUUUAAGUUGCGAAUCGUUCUCUCGCCACCGUGCUCGUUUCUAGUCUGGACACCGUUAACCCAACAUUCUCAGAUAAUAAGUAAAUUCAAGCUGAUGUACAAGGAAGUGAGCUCUUCGAAAUGGAUCAAGCUCAUCGGUGGGAUGGAUCAUUUUCGAUGCCCGCCGGGAAUCGCGGAUCCAGAGGAUUAUUGUUAUCAGUUGAAGGGAUUGUUCUUUGGUGUUCAUUAUAUUAGCAGUAUUUCCUACAAACUAACAAAUGGAGAGGAGCUACCAUCCAGUAACCCAUUGCACUUCACUCUAGUUCAACUUGAUGGAUCCGCCGCACCAAGCAAUGAAAGAGUAACACUCACUCAACCACGAAUCGAACAGUCGGCUUCUCGAUCAGUUGCCUAUUGGUCAGUGGUCGGAGAUCGUGCCGCUGUCACCGAAUAUCAAGUCGACAUUCGAUCGACCGACGAACGAUCAUGGAGAGCCGUCGAGCCAUCCGUUCAGAACGAGCAAUCCCAGACUCAUUACCGCCUUCCACUAGGCCAGCUGAAUGUUGCCUCCACCUACCUGGUCAGAGUCCGUGCGUUAGAUUCUUCCCGAGCAACUGUCGCCACCUCACCAUCUGCAUCGUUCUCAGUUUUGUGCCAAGUCCCAUCCGCCCCAGAAAACGUGCGUUUGGAGCGUGUCUCCGAGCAGCUCGUGCGUGCCGCCUGGGAUUCCAGCCAAGAAAGUGGUGACUGCCAAUCGUACUUCUUCAUCACGGGACAACAAAACGGACAAGCCAUCAAUCAAAGAGUUCCAGGAAGUGAUAGAAGUGUCGAUAUUGCUGGAUCUUCUCAAGGAGACUGGAGAGUUCAGGUUCGUGGAGUGAACACCGCUGGCUCAGGAACCCCAUCCCGUGAUGCCAUCUUUGCCUCCUCUGCUCAACAAUCACGCCGCUCAAAGCGCAGUGUUUGCGACCCGAGAACCGAUUUCUGGUGCAAAGGGGAAUUCUCGAACUCGCCACUCAGAGAGCCGGACUCUGGUGAAGCUUUGUGCUCCACUCCACGAGUGCUUGCUCAAGAGAAUGACUUGAUCGUCAAAUGGAAGUCUGAAGGAGAUGGACGUGGUGUCUACGGAUACCAUGUUCAAUUCCGCAACGAGAACUCUGGAUGGAAGACCUAUGGACAGUUAGUCCCAUAUGUUCGCGAUAAUAUGGAAUAUACUCAAACGCUGACGGGACUCGAGCGUGGACACGCCUACUUUAUUCAUGUUCAGGUGUUGGAUCGUAACUCGUAUGUGAUGUACACAUCGGCUCAAUCCAGUGCCAAGAGCAGCUGUUCUCCCCCAACCCACACCCCAUCCCAUCUCCAAGUGGCCGCUCCAGACGCCAGCCACGUCCGUGUUCAAUGGGCUCUUCCACCACAAUCCACAUGGGGAUGCUCGGAUAUUCAAUUCGAAAUCCAACCCGAAGAGCCACGUGGCCAACCUGCCGUCGUGCUCGGCAGCCAUCAAACUUCUCAUAUUUUCAACUCGGCACCGAACCAAAUGUGGUCCGUCAAGAUCCGUGCAAUCAACUCUGCCGGUCAUUCUGCCUGGACUCCAGCUGCCCAGACAAAGACCCCACCUGGAGGUGAACUGAUCAUUGGACCAGACGUCAGCUAUCGACAGGGAAAACCAAUCAUCUCAUGGAGAUCAAAAGAGAAUACCAAUGAUCUUAUUGAAUCCUUCGUUUUGGAGUGGAAGUCGACAACUGAAUCAUCAUGGAGACAACAUCGCAAUCCAAUUCCUUAUAAUGGAUGGCAACGUCCUUACUCUGUAGAUCUUGGGGAACUUCCACAGGGUCAUACUUACCAAGUAAGAAUUGUCGCCAAGGAUCCUAACAGAGGAAAUGCCUAUACCUCCCCGGUUGUUCAAGUUCAAACACAAUCCCAGUGCAAGGCUCCCCGAAGAGCUCCAGCUGAUGUUCAGGUCUCACCACUCGGACCAACUCAAAUCCGUGUUCAAUGGGCCCCACUUCACGAGUCUGAAUGGAAUUGUGAUCGCUUAUGGUACAUUGUCAAGCACUCCACUCCACAAAAUCAGGGAUUCAAGAACUUGACGAAUGGAGAGAAUUUUGUUGUAUUCGACUCGGAUCCAUAUACCCAAUGGAACUUCGAAGUUCAAGCUGCCAAUCCAGCUGGAGAAUCCCAGUGGUCGAGAGCUCAAUCGGCUCAGACUCAGGGAGUUGCUCCGGGAGCUGUUGCGAACCUUCGUGUUCAACCAAUUGGGCCAGAUUCUCUUCAGUGCAGCUGGCAGCCACCAGUCAACCCGAAUGGAAGAAUUACUCAAUACGAAGUCACCUAUCAGCUUAUUUCAAGAGGAAAUUGCGACAACAACCAGGAGGCUCCACGCACCAUCACAGUCAACGGACCACACUUCACCAUCACCGGACUCCACCCACACUCGAAGUACCGUGUCGGAGUGGCCGCCAAGUCAAACGUCGGAGCCGGAGAACGUGUCUCCCUGGAAAUCCAGACCGAUCAAGCUGCUCCAAGUGGUGCUCCAUUAUACCUCCGAACAGAGGACAUUCGUCCAACUGAUGUUAGUAUUUCCUGGCAGGCACCACCAUGCCUUCAGACCAAUGGAGAAAUCACCGAGUACGAGUACGAGGUAACUGCUGGAGAUCGUAGACAGACAGUUCAAAAGACCACUGAAAACAUCCGUGGAACACGUGCCAAGAUUGAGAACCUCCAACCACAGACUCGCUACAAUGUCAAGGUUCGCGCGUACACGGCUCGUGGAGCAGGACCCUGGUCAACAGAGGUUCCAUUCCAAACAUCCGCUGGACAGCAAAACGUUCAGGCACCAGGAUUCGUCAAGGUUCUUCACACCGGAGCCGACAAUGCUCAACUUGUGUGGCAGUCUCCAUACCCGAAUCCAGGAUAUGUUGACAAGUACAAGUGCAGAUACGCUCCAUCGGGAACACAGCAGUAUCAGGAACGUCAGUUCCCAGCUGUGUCACCAUGCCAACAACGUCAAAUCGAACGUCAAAACUUGCCACAGUCACCACCAGGAUCGAGACUUCACUGCGGAAGAAUUGAGAACCUGAGACCAGAGCAGACAUAUGACUUCCAAGUUUCCGCUCACGUCAAGGAUUCCGGAUGGGGACCAUACUCGCCGCCGGAGAGAACUAAGGUCACCGAAUCUGCGGUUCAAGUCUUGUUUGUCAAGAAGAUCGGAGGAUCCGAGAACUCUCUGCACAUCAAUUGGGAUGUUCGUCCAGAUGAUAAAAAUAGAGUGACCGCUUUCAGAAUCACAGUUGUUCCUCAAGAUGGAUCCCAGAGAUCUCAAACGUUCAACGUUGAUCGUGCCACUUAUCAAUACAGAAUUGAUAAUCUUCGUCCAAGAACCACCUACAAUGUAACUGUCUCUGCAGCUACCCACAAGGAAAUGUGUGGAGGAACUGCCGCUGUGAUGACAACUGAUGCCGCAGCACUCACCGCAUUGUCAACUGCUCCAAGAGUGAUCGCUGAAGAGCCAACAUCCAUCACAAUUGAAUGGGAAUCGCGUAACCGUGAGGCCGGUGGAUUCAUCGUUGAGUACCGUUUGGAGGGAGGUGCCUGGCAGCAGUAUGCCCGUCGGAUUCCAGCUCAUCCAUCUCAAACCACUUACACCGCAACUGUCGAUGGACUCCCAACUAACGCCGUCGUCGACCUGAGAGUUCGUGUUGUGUCCCAGCAAAACGAGCAGAGCAACCCAUCCCCCGAAGUUCGUGCAAGAACCAAAUGUUCUCCACCAACGUCUCCACCACAGGGAGUUCGAGUCGAUGCACCAUCAACCAAUGAAGUCAGAGUCUCAUGGGCUCGUCCUGCAAAGAACACCUGGAUGUGCGAUCAGAUGAAUGUUGAAAUCAGCUACCGAGUUGGAAAUCAACCAGAAAAAGUUCUCACCGUUCCAGGAGAUCAGACAGAGUAUACCUUCCCAGCUGAGCCAAAUCAAAGAUGGGUUGUGAAGCUUCGCGCCACUAAUCAAGUCGGAUCCAGCCAAUGGUCACCUGAACAAUCGAUCACUACCCGACAAGGAGCUCCAGGAUCCGUUAGAGAUCUUCGUGUCAAGGCUCUGUCUCCAAACGAGGUUCACGUUCAAUGGCUUGCUCCGUUGGUUCAACGUGGAACAAUUGUCGGAUACGACAUCUCCUACCGAUUGAAGCAUCGUCUCGCCUGCCCAGAAGAGGAGCCAAGAGAUGUCAGCAGAGACUUUGUUACAGUUUACAAUCACAAGGAUCUGGAUUACACUAUCACUGGUCUCCUGCCAUACUCCCUCUACGAAGUUCGCGUUAGAGCCAGAACAACCGAGCUCGGUCCAGAGGAGACUAAAGAGGUAUCCACUGAACAGCAGCCACCAUCCUCUCCACCACUCAACUUGGAAUCCACCUACGCCCUUGAACGUUCAUUGUCCUUCCAAUGGGAGCCAGUUGAUUGCUCUCAACGACACGGACAUGUUGUCAACUACGAGUAUGAGAUUCUUGGACAAGAUGACUGGGCGAAGCUUGAGAGACAGAUUGCCAAUACUUCGGAUCUUCGUGUCACUAUCGAUGGAUUGACCCCAUACACCAAGUAUGUGAUGAGAGUUAAGGCCUACAACUCGAUUGGUGGAGGACCAAACACUGAGAAUCUCGUUGUCAUGACCGCCAAGGCUCAAGCCCCACUUCCACCACAGGAUCUUGUAGUUGCUCAAGAAGGAACCAGCUUCUUCAUGGUAUCCUGGCUUCCACCAUACCCACCAUACGGCCCACACGAUGCUUACAAGAUCCGCUAUCAACAGAUCCCAUCGGACGAUUGGAAGGAGGUGGAGAAAGGAAUCAAGGAUCCACUUCUUCAGUGCCCAGGAGAAAGUCCGAGAUUCUGUUACAACGCAACUGGAUUGGAUUCAGGGCAACAGUUCAAGAUUCAAGUUGCGACAAGAAUUGAGGGAGGAAGCUACGGACCAUGGUCAUCGUUGGUGAUUGCUAACACGCUUCAAGUACUUCCAGAUGCUCCGAGAGCAAUUCAUCUUAUUGAGAAGACUGAUCACUCUUUGCAUAUCAGAUGGGUUCCACCAAUUGAUCCAAAGGGAUAUGUUACUCAAUAUCGUGUAUCCAUUGUCUCCCUUGAUGAUGUUAACGAUAAGAAGAGAACCCAUAUCGUCAAUCAUCCAACUUUAACCUAUCUCUUUGAAGAACUAAACCCUGAGACUUCCUAUAACAUUUCAAUCUCAGCUGGAACCAAACAAGGAUUCGGAAGAGAGAUCUGGACCCGAUAUACAACUGAUCCAUUCAAUAUCCCAGUUGUUGGAACUAUGCCAACUGUUACUCCAGACGGUGCGAAUGCUCUUGAUGUUCAAUGGAAUGCAGUUUUGGAUCCAAAGAAUCGUGUCAAGGGAUACAUCAUUGAAAUCAGAAAUUCUGAUACUCCAGUCUGGCAGGAAAUCGGAGGUGUUACUAAUCACGACGCCGGAAAAUCAACCUACUUCAAGAAGCUCACCGGACUCGAUUCCGACACCCUCUACUUCAUCAGAAUCAAGGUUGUCGAUCAACGUCAAAGAGUCGGAGUUCCAUCCCCUGAAGCCCAGGCUCGUACUGGAUGUGCUGCUCCACUAUCCCCACCAACUAAUUUGAACUUGGCUUCACCAUCCAAUGUGCAAGUACGUGUCUCGUGGCAGGCUCCAAACCAGAACUCAUGGAAGUGCUCUGCAAUCAGAUACAAGCUCGAGUACAUCAACGGAACCGAGGGAAGAAAGCAGAUCGAUCUACCAAGCUCUUCAAUCGAGCAUCUCUUUGACUCAAAAUCCAACACCAAAUGGACUGUCAGAAUUCGUACUGAAAAUGACGCUGGAUCUUCCGAAUGGAGUAAGGAGCUGUCGAUCACCACUUCAGAAGGAGCUCCAGGACCAGUUGAAGGGCUCACCGCCAAGCCAACUGGCCCAACCAGUAUUGUUGCUAGAUGGAAGCCACCACGUGAUCCAAAUGGAGUUAUCACUGGAUACACUCUUACCUAUCAGCUCAAGUCGAUCGGAGAAUGCGGACCACGUAGUUCUACGCCAAUCGAGAAGCACGUUAAGAAUGAGGAAGAAACUUUGGAGGGACUACUUCCAGAUUCCACAUAUGAAAUCCAUGUUGUUGCUCACACUUCUCAUGCUGGACCACAAUCUUCGGUUGUCACUGUGACUACUGAAGAAGCUGCUCCAACUGGACCACCACAGAAUGUUCGUGCUGGAUCAGUCACCUCAUCAAGAGCUGAUAUUACAUGGACUCAACCAGAAUGCGAGCAACGGAACGGAAAGAUCACGGAUUACGAGUAUGAGCUCUGGAGUAUGGAUACAUGGGCUGACAACUCUACUGGACACAAUCCAACUGAACGUCUCAAUCUUGAUCAGCUGAUCCCAUACACCCAAUACCAGAUCAGAGUCCGAGCAAUCAAUAAGGAAGGAGAUGGACCAUUCUCUGAAUGGGUUCCAUUCACCACCUCUGCCACAAAUCCACCAGCACCAAGUGAUCUUCAAGAAGAGGCCACAUUCCCACACGCCAUCGAAAUCUCAUGGCUUCCACCAACUCCCCCACAUGGAAACAUUGACUUCUACAAGGUUCGGUACACUCCAUCGGGAGAGGCAAACUACAGAGAGAUCCGUGUUGAGACUGAUCGUUUGGAAUGCUCCGACUCGAACAAGAAGGAUCGACUGUGCUACAGACUCAGCGACUUGGAUCCAGAGCAAGAGUAUGACAUUCAGGUGUCUGCCCAUACUGAAGGAGGUGGCUGGUCUGAAUGGUCUGAUGAACUGACUUCUAGAACUCAGCAGCAGAACAUUCCAGUUUUGGAGAGAGAACUUGAAGUUACUGAUAAGACCUCUAACUCGAUCUCUUUGAAAUGGGAAGGGCUUCCACAGGAUCAGGCUACUCACGUUGUCGGAUACGUUUUGGAGUUCAAGUCUGAAGAUGAUAAUGCAGAAUGGCAAGAGUACAAUGGUGUUGUGAAGCAUCGUAAGACAUCCAGUGACUACAAGAUCACUGUCAAACAACUCGAAACCGCUACACUCUACUUCUUCCGUCUCCGCGUCGUUGGAAAGAAUGACAAGAGAGGACAACCUGGACCAGAAACCAAGGAGACAACUUCAUGUGGAAAGCCUGAAGCUCCACCAGAGAGCCUGAAGCUUGAAAGUUUGGACUUUGAGACAUUGAAGAUCACCUGGACGCCACCAGAGGAGAGCACUUGGAGAUGCGACAACGUUGAAUACCUCAUCGACUUUGUUAACACCACGUCUCGUGGAAACUGGACCGUCAGUACUGAUGCACCAUCGGAGCUUAUUGUUCCAACUCAGCCGGGAACCAAGUGGGAUGUCAAGAUCAGAACUCAGACUGUCGAAGACUCUGGAAAACCACAAGCUUCCAGGUGGAGCGAUCGUGUCAGUAUCACAACUCAGUCGCUUCCUGGAGAGAUCUUCGUCACCGUUGAGCCAAAGGGUCCAAGAGAGGCUCUUGUCACCUGGGAGCUGCCGGACAAGGAUCAGAAGUGGAACUAUGGAGUUGAUAUAACCUACAAGCUGAAGCAGCUCGGAGGAUGUAAUGAGGUUCAGACAGGAGCCAAGGAACCUGUGACACUGCUUAAUGUUCAAGAAAAGCAAAUACCACUUGAGAACCUGCAACCAGGAUCACUUUAUGAAGUUUCCGUCACUCCAAGAAGACCACCAUCUCUUCACUCUUCAAUCGUCACACCGAAGACCGUCAGAACCUUCCGUACCAAGAAUGAUGUUCCAACUGGACCACCACAGAACUUGCAGUCAACUGUUAGAAAGGACAGCGAGCUUGGAUUCAAAUGGGAUGCUCCAGAGUGUAUUCAACAAAACGGAAACAUCACUCAAUACGAGUUCGAAUUGGUUGGCCUGGAUGAGUGGAAUGAGGGAACUCGCGAGGGAGUCACACCACGUCAGAACACUCUUAUUGAUCAGUUGCAGCCUGGAAGUCUCUACCGUAUCAAGGUUCGUGCUUACACUGCAGAAGGACCUGGACCAUGGUCGGAUUCCCUUGAGAUCAGAACUACCGGAAGUGAACUUGGACCACCAAGAGAGCUCACUGCUGUUCAGACCAAGGCAACUCAGAUCCAACUUACAUGGCUUCCACCAUACCCGGAGAAGGCUAUCGUCACCGCCUACAGAAUCAGAUACAGUCCAAGAGCCGAUGAUUCCAACCCAACUGAAGUCGAGCUGUCUGGAGACGACUUGACAUGCAGUGGAUACAAGAGUCCGAUCAUCACCUCUGCUAAUCUCUGCGCCACUAUCAAGGGACUUCAGCCAUCUACCACAUACCGAUUCGCUGUUCAAGGACAAUCUUCAUCUGGAAACUGGGGAGAAUGGUCUUCGGAUUACUUCUCAACCACUAGAAAUGAUGACAAUGAACUUUUGGGUGGAAGCUUGAAGCUUCUCUCUGCAGGACAUGAUAACUUGAAGGUCAAGUGGACACCACCAGCAGUCAUCGGGGAGAAGAUCGACAAAUAUGACAUCUUCAUUUCGGUCGCAUCGGUUCUUGAUCAGAACCCGAAGAAGUUUGAUGUCAACGGACAAACCACUGAUUAUCACUUCAGACAUUUGGAUUCAGUUACUCAGUACAACGUGACAGUUCAAGGAACAUCCGAAGGAAACAAGCUCUGGUUCAUCUCUUCAGUAUUCUCCACCACCGACUUCGCCGAAGGACUUCUUAACUGGCUUCCAGCUCCAACAGAUCUCCAUCUCAUCGAGAAGAGUGACACUAUGCUCCAUGUAGAUUGGGUGCCACCAGAGAUCUUCGACCCCGAACAGCGAGAACUCAUCACUCACCAUCGCGUCACAAUUGCUCCAUUCGACCCGACAACCGGAAAGACUGGACCAUCCAAGAACUACACCGUCCCAUAUCCUGGAAACUCGAUCAAAUUCGAGGGACUCCGCCCGGAAACCAUCUACAACAUCACUGUGCAAGCUGGAACCAACUCUGGCUACGGACACAUUCUGUGGGGAACCUACAGUACUCUGGCUCCAGGACAACGACACAUUCUUCGACUUCUGAACAGAACACCGACGACAUUGAACGUCGCCUGGGAGCCAGUUUGGGGACGUUCUCAUUCGGGAUACACGCUCACCGCUCGCACUCUCUACUCAGUUUACGGAAAUGUCAGACUCCAACAGAUCAAGACAUUCGACGUGGACGCUUCUGAAACCGAGUUUGUGAUUCGUGGAUUGCAUCCAAGCACUGUCUACAAUGUAACUCUGACACCAAAGGAUCAUAAUGAGGUCGCCUGGGGUGCCUACGCAACUCUUCCACCUGGUUGGUUCGUUGUCAAGAAUCUCAAGCAGUGUGACAAGACCGAUUUUGCUGUCUCGAUGUCUUGGGAGCCAGUGGAGCUUGACAUGGCUUCUGACUACCAAGUGAGAUAUCUCCGUUUGAAGGAGCACGAUGGAAUCUGGACUGAAGAAGAAGCACGACCAGCUAAAGAGUUGUUAUGUCCAAAGGAUGGAUGUGGAAGACUUUGCUACCUGGUGUUCAACCUGCCACAUAACCCAACUGAAUAUGUGUUCCAGGUUCGCGCCAAGGUUGAUGGAGAAUGGAAUCAUUGGAAGUCCGCGCCGAAGAAGAUGACCAGCAGUGAGCCAUUAAGUAUCCGUCGUAGCUGCUGCAUCGUUCCACCACCAUACUUUGUCGAUAACAUCGGCGCCCCAGGAACCUUCUGGGAAGUCGACGUGAACCCGGCCGCCACUGAAAACAAUGUCACCCGCUACUACGUCGUCGUCGACGAGCGUGAUCCACCAGGAGACACCAACUGGACCGAGUUGACCGAUAAGGUGACAGCCAACAAGAUGAAGAUCCCAUACUAUGUCGCCGCGUCGUUCAAUCUGGAAACACUGCCCGAGCCGAGAAAGGUGCGCAUCGGAGAUGGUUCGGUGAUUGGUGGAUACUUGAAUUAUCCGCUUGUCAAGGGAAAGAAGUACAACUAUGAGGUGUAUACGAUUUGGAAUGUUACUGGAGCUCCGUUGGUGGGAAGACUUAGAGCCUCUCCAUACAUCACAUCAUCAUGGCCAUGGUGGUGGCUGUUGCUCCCACUUCUUGCCGCCCUUUUAUUGACUCUUCUCUGCUGUUGUAUUCCGUGGUGCUUGAAACGUCGCUACCGGUCUAGCAAAGAACACAGCCGUCUAGUCACCAAUGGACAACACGCUCCACUGCUCGAAGAGCAAAAGGCGGGCAUGAAUGAGAACAUGCGUCAGCUGGAGACUCGACUCGACAAGAUGAGAGGAGCAGUUGAUGGAAGAGCCCGUGGAGAUUUCGAAGAUGGAUACAUGAAGGGAUACAAGGACGCUAACAAGUUGGGAAGUGCCCACGCCGCCAGAAGACGGUUAGAUGAUGACUAUGGAACCCGCGAUGAUCGCUUCCAUGAGGGAUAUGUCAAGGGUCUUAAGGACGCCGGAAUGACUGGAAUGACCACCUCGAUGCACAACUUGGCUCAGAGAACCGGUGGUGGAUACUCGGCAGGAUUUGCUCAAGGAUACAAGGACGGUAACUCGGGAAUCUUCGGAGACCGUGUAACCCCGUCUCUGAUCUCUCGUCUUGAUGAGCAAUACGCCGGACAGGAAGACUUCAAGCAAGGAUAUGUGGAUGGAUUCAAGGAGGGUGCGUCGAGUCGUGUUGGAGAACGAUCGAGAUUCGAGGACUCGAGAAAGCUUCAGCAAUCUCUGACUGAGUUGACAGAGAGGCUGACGUCUCUAGAGAAGACCAAGGGAGAUGAGAUUCAUUCGACGAAGAUCUACCACGUUUACAACCAACAACCAGAGGGCGCCACGAUGAGCUCCACCGGAGCCCAGCUUGCUCAGGAGCUUGAAGAGAUCGGAAGCACUUCCCGCAGAAGCACACUGAGAAGACAUUACACGCCAGGAGACUAUCUUAAGCAGGACGCCGAGGAAGGAUACAACUCGCUGAGCCGAAACCGACGAUCCUUGUCGGCUUCUGCUUUGGCUGCGAAUAGAGAAGCCGCCCAUCAAUCGUCUUCUUAUCUUCAAACGGGCGGCACCCUUAGCCGUUCCCGCCACCACAUGUCGCAUGCCGGAUCCUCAUACCUCUCCCGAGCGGCUCAGGACGCUCAAGUCGGGGGUACCGAUACCUACGCGAAACGCUACAACUACCGAUCCCGAUCGGAUGUUGGAAGCCCGCGGCGGUACGCGAGUCAGACACUGCUCGACGGAUCUCGUCCGGGACCAUCGACUCCACACGCGAAACGUGAUGCUCUGCACACGUUGACCAAGGAGUUGGAUAGUCUCAGUCGAUCGCCGGAUGUCAGGGGCUCAACGCCACGUGGCACCACUGGCUACGGCUCCGACAACAAUGCCUACGAUACAGUGAGGUCGAGAGCUAGAGGAUAUUCGAAUUAUGAUUAUGACACAUUCCAAUCAUCGCGAAAUGUAACCAAUAGUAGCUCAGCUGCUGCUGCUGCUAGCGGUGCUCAAACAACUGGAGCAACCGCUGCUUCUUCCUCCUCUGCAACCCAACAAGACAAAUCCGGAAAGUGGGCCGAGCAACUGAUCGACCUCGUCUCCGAGCCACUUGACACCACAAUCGCCCGUAUUAACAACUACACCUCGUCUUCAAAUGACCGUGGACAAGGUGACGUCGUAGAAGAGAAAUACCAUAGAAGCUACAAAGAAGAGCACUCAUCCCGUUAAUCUCUGGAAAUUUUCAACCAAAUAAAAACUGCCUAAUUUGGAGGACAAAAACCAUACUCCAAGUUUUCUAUACUAUUUCUAGCUUUUAAUUGUCAUUUUUGUUUCGGUGCUGCCCCCUCCCUUAUAUUGUUACCCGCCUCCCCCCACCCGCCCUCCUACACAAGUAUGUAUAUUUUCUAAUAUGGUGCUAGACGACUUAUCAUAUCCCUACAAAAACCGUAAAAUGCUCAAUUUUCCCCCUGAUUUUUGCUCUUGGAAACUGAAAAACACGAAUGUUUCAAUUCACUGCCAAAUAUGUUUCUCUCAAUUAUUUUUAUGAUUUUUUUUUUUCAUUCUUUUUCUAUUUCUUUCUUCACUUGUGAUUUCAAUAAUGAACAGAGUAUCUUUUU